AUGUUCUCUUGUUGUCAGGAGAUGCCGAGUGCAGCAAGUCAGUUGCCGCGUUUGGCCUACUUCGAUUUCCACGGGCGCGGUGAGCCGGUGCGUUUAGCGUUUGCGAUCAGCGGUCGUGCGUUUGAAGACUACCGCAUCAAAAUGUCGGACUGGGCGUCGGAGAAGGCGAAGGCACCGUCUGGCAUGGUGCCAUAUCUAUUGUUACCGGAUGGAUCGUACAUCACGGAGAUGCUUGGAUGUUUGCAGUACGCUGGCCGGGAUGUGCUCAUACCCGAGGACCCCUUACAGUUGGCGUACAUGCACCAGUUCAUGCACAUGGCCCAAGCCGUUUGGGUACCGUUGCGCCAACUCUUCGCAUGCACGGACGCCGAACGAGAGGCCAUCAAGGCCGACCGCAGAGCCGAGUGCGAACCACAUGCCGAACGACUCGAAAAGGAAAUACUCAGACACCAAGGCGGCGCCGGAUUCUGCGUUAAUAACACCAUCAGCCUCGCCGACAUAGUCCUCUACAGCGCCGUCCACACCAUGACCGACAUGACCGACAUGGACUUUACCAAAAAGUUCCCCGCCAUCACACGCGUCGUACAAGCCGUCAAAAACCACCCCGCCGUCAAGCAGUACUAUGCCGCCAAACAAGCCCUAAACUUCUAA